AUGGCAUCUACACAAGACGCCGGCCUCUCGCACGAAGAGCGCUGGACCGCUCAUCGAGCUGACCACGAAUCCGACUCGGCCCACCCCUUGAGCGCCGCUUCCACGCCCGCUCCCACCGCUCCCGCAUCACCACCAGCAGACGAUCUCGCUUCUUCACAGGAACUGUCUCGAUCAACUCAUGCUUCAGCUUAUUCCAAACGUCUCGGUAUCGACGCAGAAGACGAAGAUGUCCGCAUUGCCAUCAUGGCCUUGGGCGCCAUGAAGAGUCUCGACGGUACCACACACCGCUUCGCUGGUCCCAGCGCCAGCACCAGCAGCAGCAGCAGCAGCGCCAUCUCCUUGGACGCCCACAAGCGCACCGCCAAAUCACCAGCAAGGACCUCUUCAGCCAUAUCCAGUUCCAGCGUCGCUUCCACCGCCAUCUCUUCCCCUAGCUCCACCCCUGCCACCGACCUCACCCAGGAUUCCGGCGCCGAAUCCCCUGCUGGUCGCUCCGCAGGACCUGCGCGACUCGGCGAUCUUCCACCAGAUCUCAAGCUCCCCGCCGUCAUUCACGACGAAGAUGGCAACGAGCUCGAAGUCGACCCAGAGAUGAUGAACGAUGUCGACUUUUUACAACGCGUCAGCCACCUUCCGCUCGUACGCGGUACCCUCCGCGCCUACGAGCUCGGCAAGCAGCGCAGCAAGGUUGUCAAGUACGGCGCUGACCUCGUAGAGAGCUCCGUCAAGACCAUCUCGCGCCCCGUCGUCAGCCGUCUCGGCGCCAGCCUCGGUGAGCGCGGCGUCGAACAGCUCGACGAUUUCGCCUGCCGACAGCUCGAUCGCCUCUAUCCAUCCGCCAUCUCUUCGCCCAGCAAGGAGGAGAAACGCGGCAUUCUUGACGAGGUCGAGCGCAAGGACCAGCAAGAGUGGUCCAACAUGAGCUCCCAAGAGCGCGAAAAACGCAGAACCGCCUACACCGCAUUGCGGCUCGAGGAGCGUGAGCGCACCCUCAUGUCCAACGAGCUUCGACAACGACGAGGCAAGGGUAUCGACCUCGAGAUCGAGACCUCGGCCUCGCCAAGUUCCUCUGCCCUUGCCGCCGACAGAGCCCAAGCGCAGGUCGACUCCACCAUGGACGACGCCGACGACCACCAAACCAAGUCGAAAUCCAGCUCGUGCGGCGCAAACGCUGGCGCCAGUGGUGCCAUGGUGCGCGCUAAUGCGGCUCAGUCGCUCCCGCUCAAGAACAGCCGAUGGGGUUCCAUGCUGGUCGAGGCAGGCGCCACCGCUGGCGGUCUCUCGGCCGCCAUGAGCCAAGAGUCGAUGAAAUCGCUCAAGUACUGCCUUCAAUGGCUGCAGUACGCCACGGCGCACAUUGAACACCAGAUCACCAUCCUGCGCGACCUGAUUGUCAAGCUCAACCACGGCGAGCUCGACAUGUCGGCCACCGCCGUCCAAAACCUUACGCACAUCAAGGGCGACGUUGUCAACACGAUCCGCGGCGUUGUCGAUGUGAUUGGAAAGUACGCUGGAAGUGCGCUCCCCGAGCCAGCACGUAAUAGCGUCAAGGCGUUUAUCCUCAGCCUUCCGGCGCGCUGGGCCACGGUCAAUCGCAGCUCGGCCGCCAGCUCGCCCACCGGCUACUUUGGCAACAGCCCCUCAUCGCCCUCGUUUUCAUCAGCGCACAUGAGCGGUGGACCGCAGUCACCCACGCAUCUUUCCGCCAACGCGAGGUACCGCAACAGUGCCGGCCCUUUGAGCGACCAAGUGCAAGCUGCAGCUACGGCGCAAGCAGCGAAUCGCAUUUUGACGCUUGCCAUCGAGUCGCUCGACAUUCUUCGCAGCGUCACGGUUGUUUUUGGCGAGUCGCUCGACCGUGCCGAUCUGUGGGUGGAACGUCUGCGCAUCCUCGGUCUUCAGCGAAAGCGUCAGCACGAAGCGAAUGCGUCUGAGCAACAACACAUGAUCGCCGCCGGUCCAUCGCCCUCUUUGUCGGCGCAAAGUGCUCCUCACUGGGAGAGUGCACGAGGCUCAUCAAUGCGCGGACGCGCGUCGUCACCUGGCGGCGACAGCGACGUCAGCAUGGGCACGAGUGCAUCCACGAAACGUCGACGAACGCGCCAGACACGCUCGGGAGGCUUGUACAUGUCACGCACGCCAUCGGCGGCCGCAUCGCAGGGCGAGCAUUCCGAGGACGAAGAAGCGCUCACCGAGACAGAAAAGACCAAGUCGCCACCGCUUGCACACGUGCCCACGUUUUCGACUGGCUCGACAAGUGGCGCUUCUGGCAACGGCCAUUCGCACCACCACCAUGCGCACCACCACGCUGCCAGGCGUCCCGGCACACGCUCGCGCGCCGGCACUGGUACCGGAAAGCCGUACCCCAUGCAUCCACCAACACUGCCGUCGCCGUUACACGCCACGUUUGCCUCUUCACCCUCGUUGGCUGACAGCCAGAACGCCUGA